AUGGGGAAACAUAAUAUUCUUUCAUUAACCCCAGUAUUAAGGAAGCUCAAGGUUCAGGAAGAUCGCUACACAUUUGAUCGUAUUCUGGCCUAUUAUGCCAAAUUUCACCAGGCAAAACUAAGUCUGAAGCAAAUAGCCCAGUUUGGACAAACUCCGUCUACCCCACAGAUUUUCAGGUCAUCCGUGUUCCUUUUGGAUGAAUUACCGGUUCGUUUGAGCAAACGAAUAACGUUACUGAGAAAUCCCCCGGAAAUUAUCAGGGAAAGAGGACUGCAAGCUCCUUUUUUGGAAUGGGCUAGAACGUAUGAAAAGACAUUUGUACAAGUAUUGAAAUUCAAGCGUGCUUUUGGGUUCAUGAACAAUGAAGAUGAAAUCUCACGCUUGGUGGACCGUGUCCAUUCAGAACACUCAUAUUCGAACGUAACUCCCAUAACCACUGAGUUGAAAAACCGACUGCUGAAAGAAAGUGACGUCUCGGGAACUCUGAUGAAUAAAGACAUUGACAAUGACGGCUUUUCCGUCUUUGGUUUAAUAGGCCUGAAAUCGCUAGCAUCGAAUUCUGCUGAAGUCUCUGGACUCAAGAAAUACCUUCAGGUAGCUUAUCGCUCUCAUACAGAGAUCCACAGCUAUUUGGAAGAGGUAGCCACUUUGUUUCAAUUGAUAUUGAAAAACCAUAGUAAUGAUAUACUCUCAUUUACCAAACUAUUGAUGGAACAUACGGGCAAGAAACAGCUAUCAAUGAACGAGUUUGAUAAUCAGAAACAGAUUCACAGGUAUCUGAAUAUGCUGUUCAGCUCUAGAAUAGGAACCAGAGUCUUGUUGGCCCAGCAUCUUCAAUUAUACAAAAUGAGCACCGGAAAACUUCGAAGCUCUGUCAUGAAGCAACUACAACAUCAGGGAAUGACCGGCGUUAUUGGCACCAAAGUAGUAUUAUAUGACAUUAUUAAUGACGCCAUUUACUCAGCAGAGGAGGCCCUCAACAGAUACUUGCAGGAGUCAAAUUCGUCUAUUGUGGAACCACCUGAAUUUGAGCUGAAUUGUGACCCUGACUUGACUGUGACUUGCAUUCCAGCUCAUCUUUGGCAUGUGGUAUUUGAAGUUUGCAAAAAUUCUUUGAGAGCCACAGUGGACAAUCAUAUCCAAAAAGGUGAUACCAGCAAGCAAAUGCACCCAAUAGUAAUAACAGUACUGGAGGGCACAGAUGAUGUAGUUAUAAAAAUUGCGGAUAGGGGAGGAGGAAUUUCUCCAGAGGUGUUAAAACAUAUAUGGUCAUACCACUAUUCUACCAACAACACGGUAGACGCAGUUCAGAAACUUACUCAAUCUGAAAAAGACCAGUACACUCUGGUGAACUCCGCUCAACAGGGGGCUGAAGAUAAUGCACCAAUGGCUGGCCUUGGGUUUGGAUUACCUCUUAGCAAGCUCAUGAUCAGACAUUACGGAAAUGGAGAUCUGCACAUUAACAAUCUUUAUGGAUAUGGAUGUGAAGUAUUUAUUACUCUUAACAAAAGGGGAGACGGAGUUGAAAGAAAACUGUAA